GGCGAGGCCCCUUGGGGCGGGCCUGGCCAGGUGGGAGGUGACCUACGCGGUCCUGCGCCCCCGGCCUCAGACCUCUCGGGCGAGCGCCGCGCAGCGCAGAUUAAAAAUCAAGAAAUAUAAACCAGAUGUAGCAGUUUCUUGACAUGGAGAACCAAGCCCAUAAUACAAUGGGAACUUCUCCUUGUGAGGCUGAGCUUCAGGAAUUAAUGGAACAAAUUGACAUCAUGGUAAGCAACAAAAAAAUGGAUUGGGAAAGAAAGAUGCGGGCUUUGGAGACACGAUUAGAUCUUCGGGAUCAAGAAUUGGCAAAUGCACAAACUUGUUUGGAUCAGAAAGGUCAAGAGGUAGGGUUGCUUCGACAGAAAUUGGACAGUCUAGAAAAAUGUAAUUUAGCAAUGACUCAGAAUUAUGAAGGACAACUACAAAGCCUAAAGGCUCAAUUUUCCAAACUAACAAAUAGCUUUGAAAAACUGAGAUUACAUCAGAUGAAACAAAACAAAGUUCCACGAAAAGAAUUACCACACCUUAAAGAAGAAUUACCCUUUGAACUGAGCAAUUUGAACCAGAAAUUAGAGGAAUUUAGAGCGAAGUCAAGAGAAUGGGACAAGCAAGAGAUACUAUAUCAGACUCAUCUGAUUUCUUUAGAUGCUCAACAAAAAUUAUUAUCUGAGAAGUGUAAUCAGUUUCAGAAACAGGCACAAAGUUACCAAACUCAACUAAAUGGUAAAAAACAGUGCUUAGAAGACAGCAGCUCUGAAAUUCCUCAUUUGAUGUGUGACCCAGAUCCCAAUUGUGAAAUCGGUGAAAGAGAUGAGUUCAUUAUUGAAAAACUAAAAUCAGCUGUAAGUGAGAUAGCACUAAGCAGGAAUAAAUUACAAGAUGAAAAUCAGAAGCUCUUGCAAGAACUGAAAAUGUACCAAAGACAGUGCCAGGCCAUGGAAGCAGGUCUCUCAGAGGUAAAAAGUGAGUUACAGUCACGUGAUGAUCUCUUGAGAAUUAUAGAAAUGGAACGAUUGCAAUUACACAGAGAAUUAUUAAAAAUAGGAGAGUGCCAGAAUGCUCAAGGAAAUAAAAAAAGACUUGAAUCAUCUCAUUUGCCUUCUAUUAAAGAACCAGAAAGGAAAAGAAAAGAGCUGUUUUCAGUGAUGCAAGAUCAACCAAAUCAUGAAAAAGAAUUGAACAAGAUAAGAAGCCAACUCCAACAGGAGGAAGAGUACCAUAACUCUGAGCAGGAAAGAAUGAGGAAUGAAAUCUCUGACCUAACAGAAGAGCUUCAUCAGAAGGAGAUCACUAUAGCAACUGUCACGAAGAAAGCUGCCCUUCUGGAAAAACAGUUAAAAAUGGAAUUAGAAAUAAAAGAAAAAAUGUUAGCAAAAGAACAGGUCUCAGAUAUGAAAUAUAAAGCUGUCAGAACUGAAAACACACAUCUAAAAGGAAUGAUGGGAGAUUUAGACCCUGGACGAUACAUGAGUAUGGACUUCACUAACAGGGAACAUUCAAGGCAUACAUCUAUUAAUAAACUGGAAUAUGAGAAUGAAAGGCUCCGAAAUCAUCUUGCGAAACUUCGUGUCAAUGGAAAAUCAACACGGACUAAUCAAAACACCUAUGAAGAAACAGGAAGAUAUGCCUAUCAAAGCCAAAUAAAAGUGGAAAAAAAUGAAGAGAGACUUAGUCAUGAUUGUGAGCCAAAUAGAAGUACGUCUCCCUUGCCACCUUUGACAUUUCAAACCAAAGAAAUGACAAGUCCUUUGGUUAGUGAUGAUGAUGUAUUCCCACUGUCUCCCCCAGAUAUGUCCUUCCCAGCAUCUUUGGCUGCACAGCAUUUCCUUCUGGAAGAAGAGAAACGAGCAAAAGAACUUGAAAAACUUCUAAAUACACAUAUUGAUGAACUGCAAAGACACACAGAAUUUACUCUUAAUAAAUACUCCAAACUAAAACAAAAUAGACACACAUGAGCUUUUAAACUUUUUUAUUUGCUUCCCCCCCACCAAGAAAAAAAGCUCUGGCAAAAUAUUUACAAAGCUGAUUAAUGAAAUCAAGAAAUUCUGUUCUGUUUCCUUGAGUAAAUAAUUUUGGUAAGGCAGCUAGAAAAUAGUAAGUAUUUUGUUCGAUAAAGCUGUUUGCAUUUCUGCAUUAACAUGCUAAAUUGUCCUACUGUAGAGUUACUAUAAAAUAAACAUGACUAUUUCAAAAGAGAUUUUUUUUUCCAGUCUAAGGAAUAUGUUGAAAUUAAAUAUGCAGUAUUUUCCCCACUUGAAUCAUGUAUACUGAAAACCCAUUUCCUCAGCAACUACACAAAAUAAGGGAAAGGGAAGUGCUAUAUUCCAGAUACAAACGACUCAAAGGCAGCUCAGUUGUACUGGUUUUGAAAACUCAAGGAUUUUAUAAAGAAAAAUAUUUAAGUAUUUCCAGUUAUGUAAACACUCUAAAAUUCUACAAUUUUUUGGAAAAAAAAAAGCUAUAGCUUUACUGUUUUUACAUUCACCUUUAUAAUGUCUGUCUGUUUCAACACAAUGAAGGUACAUGGAAUGUGCAAUUUACAAACCUAAACUAUAUGUGCCAAAAAUUAACGCUUUUUUGUUAGUACUAAUUACUUCACGGACACGAACAAGAUAAAGGAAAUAUGAAGCAUUACUGUUGCUACAUUUUUCUUUGUAAUCACCUCUGUUUUUAAUGCAAUGAAGGAAUGUAAAAUUCAA